AUGAAUAAAACAUUCGAUCCGUUAAAUAUUUUUCGAACUAUUCCAAAUCUGAAAGAACUGGAUUUAUCUAACAACCAUUUAAUGGAUUUUGAGAUACUGAAAAAACUUUUUUUAUCGACACGGAAUAUACGAAAACUUUAUCUAGCAUCGACAGGUAUAAAAAAAAUCCCAGAUGGAUUUUUGCAAAAAAUGCCAAAUAUUGAAUUGUUGACAUUACAUGGGAAUGAACUGGAACUGUUGAAGGCAUCAAUCUUCGAAAACGUGUCUUCCAUGCGCGAGUUGUAUCUUGACGGAAACAAUAUUCAUGUUAUAAACCAAAAUUCUUUCCCAACACAAUUAUUAAAAUCGUUAGACGUACUAGAAUUAUCCGGUAAUUCAUAUCGGUGCACAUGUGAGAUAAAAUGGUUUUUAGAUACAAUUCGAUCAACAAAUUUAUCAAGUAAAAUGCGCAAAAAUUGGCCAAAGUAUUACAUAUGCCAUUAUCCAGAUAAUCUUAAAAAAAACCUACUUGCAGAUUAUUUUCCAACGACAGCAGAAUGUUAUCCUUUGAACAUUGUGUCAAUAAUAAUAAUAGCUGCAUGUUCGUCUGUAUUAAUUCUGCUUUUCUGUGUCCUAAUGACCUUCAAUUGCCAGAUAAACUUUAAAAAUGCGCUUUAUCUGAUUCGUUUGAAGAAACGCAUGAAAAGUGGGAACUUUAGUCUUGAAUCGGCAGAUGAUUACGAGUUUGACGCGUUCGUUGUUUAUUGCGAUGCCGAUCGCCUAUGGGUCCAUGGCGUUCUACUGAAACAAUUGGAAAAUUUUCAUCUUAAUAUUUGUGUACAUCAUAGGGAUUUUGAUGUCGGAGACACAAUCAUCAACAACAUUGGAAAAUAUAUGUCGAAAAGUUGGAAGAUCAUAGUUGUUUUGUCUAAUAACUUUGCUAAAAGCGAAUGGUGUCAAUGGGAGAUUGACCUUGUACAAGAGCGGAGGCGCCGACAGGGAAAAGAGGUUUUGGUUUUAGUAAUGUACCAACAGAUUGAUUCAAAACACAUGAUUACCCCACUAAAGACAUUACUCGAUACAACGCCUUAUUUGUCAUAUAAAGAAGGGUUUGGCGAGAAUUUGUUCUGGACUGCUGUAGUUAAAGACAUACACAAACCUUUGAAUAUUCCACCAACUUCUAUUUUCUAA